AUGAAUCCUCGGCGGUCCAGUACGGCCAGUUUAAAGGACAACGAAGAGUCAAGGGACGCAGGAGAACACCAUGCCAUAGUACCGGCAGAUUUAGAUCGCCGGAUCAAACGCAAACUUGACCGUCGCGUUUUGCCCAUUGUCUGUUGUCUUUAUGUUUUGUCCUAUCUUGACCGCGGCAACAUAGGCAAUGCCAAAACUGCUGGCGCCCAAGAUUCCCUUGGUCUUAGCUCCUCACAAUGGGCCUGGGUUCUGAACUCCUUCUACAUCGCGUACAUCCUGUUCGAAUGGACAACCAUGUUUUGGAAGAUUUUCCCCGCUCACAUUUACGUAUCAUGUCUGUGUAUUUGCUGGGGAACGGCCGCUAUGUGCUCAGGUGCAGCGCACAACAUGGCCGAAUUAGUGGUUACACGCGUCUUUCUGGGUGUAUUUGAGGCCACGUUUGGCGCUGGAGCUCCAUACUUCUUGUCUUGUAUCUACAAACGAAGCGAGCUGGGACUUCGAAUGUCUAUUCUUUUGGGCAUGUCGCCAUUAGCAAACACUUUUGCUUCCAGUCUGGCAUAUGGCAUAACACAUAUCACUGGGUCCUUAGAGGCCUGGCGGUGGUUGUUUAUUAUAGAGGGCGCUCCGACAAUACUGUUUGCCCCAGUGGUCUAUUUCUUCCUCAUCGACUCACUAUCGACAGCCAAGUUCUUCAAUGAGGACGAAAGAAAACUCGCCGUUCAACGAUUACAACUGCAAGACAACACAUCGAAAGAAUCUGUCAGCUGGAAGCAGAUUAUGGCAGGAUUGAUUGACUACAAGAACUACAUCCACGCCAUUAUGCAUUUUUGCUGUAACUUCUCAUUCGCUGCUUUAUCCAACUUCCUGCCCACCAUUGUCAACCACAUGGGUUACGAUUCAGUCACUGCGCAAGGCCUCACAGCUCCAGCCUACUUCGCCGCCUUUCUUUGUUGCAUCGCGGCUGCAUUCUUCUCGGAUAAGUACGGAUGCCGUGGGUAUAUCGUAGCAUCGUUUGCUGCAAUGGGUACUGUUGGCUAUGGUAUUCUUGCCGGCGUACAGGAUAUGGACAAGACUGGUCCGAGAUAUGCCGGUGUAUGGCUUGCUGCUUGUGGAAUCUUUCCUGCUCUCGCCAUGAAUAUCACUUGGCUUUUGAACAACCAGGGCGGAGACUCGAAGAAGGGAGCCGGACUUGCUAUUUCUCUCACCAUUGGACAAUGUUCAUCUCUCAUCAGCAGUACCGUGUUUCCAAAAGAGGAUGCUCCGUACUUUACUACAGGUUGCGCGAUAGGUUGUGGUAUGAGCGGGCUUGUAGUUGUCUUAGCAUUAUUCAUGCAUUUUGCGUUGAAUAGAGAGAAUAAGCGCAGGGAUAGUCUGUACGGGCCUGUCGAUGUCAACGCUGAGAUUGAUGUCUCUGAGCAGGGCGACAACAACCGGCAGUUUCGGUAUAUGACCUAG